ACCAAAAACGGGGCACAUAACCUUCACCGGUAAGGUGGUUGAAACCUCCGUCUUCUUUCGAUGACUUCGAGGAAUAACCGAACCACCACAACGCUUUUUUAACGAUAAUAACAACAUUCAUUCACAUCGCACUCUCUCUCUCUCUCUCUCUCUCUCUCUCUGCAUUGUUCGAUUUUCCAAAUGGCUCACCUUCUCCACACUCCUUUCAUUCCUUCUUCUUCCUCCUCCGCCGCCCUCCGCCGCAGCUCGGCCUCCUCGGGCACUCGUAGGCCUCCAGUGUCUCCCGGCGUGGUCCGCGCCAAGAUCCGGGAGAUCUUCAUGCCGGCACUGAGCUCAACCAUGACGGAGGGAAAGAUCGUGUCCUGGGUGAAAUCCGAGGGCGACAAGCUCUCCAAGGGUGAGAGCGUCGUCGUCGUGGAGUCCGACAAGGCUGACAUGGACGUAGAGACCUUCUACGAUGGUUACCUCGCCGCCAUCAUGGUUGACGAGGGUGGUGUCGCCGCCGUCGGAGCUCCCAUCGCCCUCCUCGCCGAAAACGAGGACGAGAUCGAACAAGCAAAGUCCAAAGCACAGUCACCUUCAUCGGCUUCUUCUUCUGCUUCGUCUUCUCCUGCACCUGCAGCUGCGCCAGCAGUGGAGGCUCAAUCUGAUAAGGCUCCCGUUAAGGCUGCUGCUGCUGCUGCUCCGGCGGUGGCAUCCACGCAUCCGGCGUCGGAGGGAGGGAAGAGAGUGGUGGCGUCUCCGUAUGCGAAGAAGCUGGCGAAGGAGCUGAAGGUGGAGCUUGGGAGGAUUGUGGGGACUGGACCUUUGGGCAGGAUUGUAGCUAAGGAUGUUGAGGCUUUUGCAGCUUCUGGUGCUGCUGCUGCUGCGGCUCCUGCUGCGGCCGCGGCACCGGCGGCUGCGAAGAGUGGUAGUGGGGUUGAAUUGGGGAGUGUGGUGCCUUUUACGACAAUGCAGAGUGCUGUGAGUAGGAACAUGGUGGAGAGUUUGGGUGUUCCUACUUUUAGAGUUGGGUAUACUAUCACCACUGAUGCACUCGAUGCUCUCUACAAGAAGAUCAAGUCAAAGGGAGUUACUAUGACAGCAUUGCUUGCCAAGGCUACAGCACUUGCUCUGGUUAAACACCCUGUUGUUAACUCUAGUUGUAGAGAUGGUAAUAGCUUUACGUAUAAUAGCAGCAUCAACAUCGCAAUUGCUGUUGCUACUGAAGGCGGACUGAUUACUCCAGUGCUUCAGGAUGCUGAUAAGGUUGACGUCUAUACAUUGUCAAGAAAGUGGAAGGAGUUGGUUGAUAAGGCCCGGGCCAAGCAGCUCCAACCUCAUGAGUACAGCACAGGUACCUUCACUCUGUCCAACCUUGGAAUGUUUGGUGUUGAUCGCUUUGAUGCCAUUCUUCCACCUGGAACUGGAGCCAUAAUGGCUGUUGGAUCAUCACAGCCAACUGUUGUGGCUACCAAGGAUGGUCGCAUUGGCAUGAAGAACCAAAUGCAGGUCAAUGUUACAGCAGAUCAUCGCGUGAUAUAUGGUGCUGAUCUGGCUCAAUUCUUGCAAACCCUGUCACAAAUUAUUGAGGACCCUAAGGAUCUUACUUUCUAGUCCCAUUUUCCUCUUUCCAAAUGGUGCAUUUUCAUAGUAACAAGAAAAUUUCCUUUCCUGCUAUAUUAUCAAUCGUUGACAAGAAGAAAUUGAGAAGGCAAUUACUAUCCUCGGGAUUUUGCAACAGUAGCAGAGUUUUGAAUAGGGAAGUUGAGUUGUAGUUUGUUUAAUUGAGAAUUUUCAGUCUAAUGUACCAAUUUUUAUUUUCGGUUAAAUGCCAUCUGAUUAUAGAUUUUUCUUUCCUGUUUAUUACUGUCAAAUAAUGGCCAUCUGUUGUGUACACUUGAAAGUUGAAAAUUAAUUUUGAAUUUCCAGAUAAAGUGAGACUAGAUAUUGAAACUU